AGGAGCCAGGCAGCGUCUUUCCAUCCGAGAGAGCUGCAGGGGGACGGAGGGUGGAGGAGGUGUAGGAGCACACUUACAAGGUCUGACCCAGACUUCUGGGAGACCCGAAGGACUGUAAAAAGUUGGGAAGUUGGGAUUCUUGCUGGAGGCUGUGGAACACUGGCGGAAAAGCUUUGGGUUUGGUUAGGGUUGUUGGCUUUUUGGGAUUUUUUUCCAGAAUUGAGACCUUGUGAGUGACAAAAAUGGAUUCCGGUGGAGGUUCAGCCCUGGCCUCGUUCAUCAUGAACGAAGAGGAGCUGAAGAGGAAGCAAAGGGAGAAGCUGAAGAAGCUGCAGGCCACUGGUGGGAACCCCAGGCCUGCUCGCUCCCUGUUUUUCUUCACCCUCAAGAACCCCUUCCGCAAGGCCUGCACCAAAAUCGUGGAAUGGAAACCCUUCGAGAUCAUCAUCCUGCUGACGAUCUUUGCUAACUGUGUGGCUCUAGCUGUCUUUCUGCCCAUGCCUGAGGAAGACACCAACUAUACCAACACUACUCUGGAAAGUCUGGAGUACAUCUUUCUGGUCAUUUUUACUCUGGAGUGUUUCCUAAAGAUAAUAGCGUACGGGUUAUUAUUCCACGAAGGAGCAUAUUUACGCAACUGCUGGAAUAUAUUGGACUUCGUCAUCGUCUUCAUGGGGCUCUUCACCCUAGCCGUGGACACAAUCAACGCAAUAGCUGGAACACCCACAGAGAAAGGAGGAGGGUUUGAUAUGAAAGCUCUGAGAGCCUUUCGAGUUCUUCGGCCACUCCGACUGGUCUCUGGAGUUCCUAGUCUGCAGGUGGUGAUGAACUCUAUUCUGAAGGCUAUGAUACCCUUGUUUCAAGUGGUUCUGCUGGUUUUCUUCUUGGUCACUCUUUUUGCCAUCAUGGGCUUGGAGCUGUACAAAUGCAAGAUGCACAAAACCUGCUAUUAUGAAGGAACAGACAUCAUCGCCUUACGGGAGAAUGAAGUGCCAUCUCCUUGUGCUCAGGCUGGCAAUGGCCGCCGUUGCACCAUUAACGGGACAGAGUGCAGGGGAGGCUGGCCUGGUCCCAACUUUGGCAUCACCCACUUCGACAACUUUGGCUUUGCCAUGCUCACAGUCUUCCAGUGUAUCACUAUGGAGAGCUGGACUAACGUUCUCUACUGGGUGAAUGAUGCGGUCGGUAAUGAGUGGGCAUGGAUCUACUUUGUGACAAUGAUCCUGUUGGGAUCUUUCUUCGUCCUCAAUCUGGUUCUUGGAGUUCUGAGCGGGGAGUUUUCUAAAGAGAGAGAGAAAUGUAGGUCUAGGGGGGAAUAUCAGAAGUUGAGAGAAAGGCAGCAGAUGGAUGAAGAUUUGAAAGGUUAUAUGGAAUGGAUCACGCAUGCUGAAGUGCUGGAUGCUGAUCAAGAAGGACAAGGACUUCUCCCUCUGAAGGACAGCGACUCGGAAUCGGAGAUCCUUUUUGCAAUUGAAGGUUUAAACCGCAUAGCGUACUACUACCGCCUGGCUCGCCGCUGGAACCGGGUGUUCCGGCUGAAGUGCGCAGUCUGGGUGAAGUCCAGAAUGUUCUACUGGCUGGUGAUCCUCGUGGUGUUUCUCAACACUCUGGUCAUCGCCUGUGAGCAUCACCCGCAGUCUGAAUCGGCCACUCGCUUUCAAGACGUUGCAAAUGACAUACUGCUCACCUGCUUUGCGUUUGAGAUGUUUGCGAAGAUGUACGCCUUUGGUCUCCGGGCCUACUUCAUGUCCGUCUUCAACCGAUUUGACUUCUUCGUGGUGACUGUGGGCAUCCUGGAGAUCAUCCUGGUUGCAGCAGAUGUCAUGACACCACUGGGAAUCUCUGUGAUGCGGUGCAUUCGACUCUUACGUUUUGUGAAGAUCACAAAGUACUGGAAAUCUCUCAGGAACCUUGUGGCGUCUCUGGUAAACUCAGUGCGCUCCAUCGCCUCUCUUCUCCUCCUGAUCUUCCUCUUCGUUGUCAUCUUCGCUCUGCUGGGAAUGCAAGUCUUCGGUGGCAAAUUUAACUUCCCUGACAGGGACGUCCAGCGCAGCAACUUCGACAACUUCCCCCAGGCUCUCCUCUGCGUCUUCCAGGUUAUAACUGGAGAGGAGUGGGACACCAUCAUGUACAAUGGCAUCAUGGCUCACGGUGGACCACAGUCUCCUGGAAUUCUCGUCAGCAUUUACUUCAUCAUCCUGUAUGUUGUUGGAAACUUCAUCCUGUUAAAUGUGUUCCUGGCCAUCGCUGUGGAUAACCUGACCGAGGCUGAGAGUCUUUCCUCAGCACAGAAAGAGAAAGAAGAGGAGAAAGCGAGGAAGAAGCUCAUGAGAACAGCCCCGCCGCACGAGGAGGAGAAAGCAAAGCUGGUGAAGUCCAAACAUAAAACUGAAGGAAUGCCCACAACAGCAAAGCUGAAGGUGGAUGAAUUUGAAUCAAAUGUAAAGGAAGUAAAGGACCCGUUUCCUCCAGCUGAUUUCCCAGGUGAUGAUGAGGAGGAAGAGCCGGAGAUUCCCAUCAGUCCACGUCCCAGACCCAUGGCUGAUCUGCAGCUGAAAGAGACGGUGGUGCCCAUGCCUGAAGCCAGCUCCUUCUUUAUCUUUGGCCCAGAGAACAAAUUCCGUAAACUGUGCCACAGAGCCAUCAACGCAACCCCCUUCACCAACUUCAUCCUCCUCCUCAUCCUCCUCAGCAGCAUCUCUCUCGCCGCUGAGGACGCCAUCGACCCCAAAUCAUUCAGAAACAAGAUCCUGGCCUAUGCUGAUAUCGUCUUCACCACAGUUUUCACCAUUGAGAUUGUGCUUAAGAUGACAGUUUAUGGUGCAAUCCUGCACACCGGCUCCUUCUGCCGCAACGCCUUCAACAUCCUGGACCUGAUCGUCGUGGUCGUUUCACUCCUUUCUAUGGGAUUAGAGUCCAGCGCUAUCUCCGUGAUUAAGAUUCUCAGGGUGUUGAGGGUCCUGAGACCACUUAGAGCCCUCAAUAGAGCCAAAGGACUGAAGCAUGUGGUCCAGUGUGUCUUUGUGGCCAUCCAAACUAUUGGCAAUAUCAUUCUGGUCACCAUGCUGUUGAACUUCAUGUUUGCUUGUAUUGGAGUCCAGCUCUAUAAGGGUAAAUUCUACUCCUGCACAGAUCCACUGAAGCUAACUGAGGAGGAAUGUCAGGGAACGUUUGUGAAACACGUGCGGAACUCGCUUCACGAUAAAGAGAUCGGCCAGAGGCAGUGGGUCAACAGCGACUUCAACUUCGAUAAUGUGCCGAACGCCAUGCUGGCACUCUUUACCGUCUCCACGUUUGAGGGAUGGCCAGAAUUGCUGUAUAAAGCUAUAGACUCUGAUGCAGAAGACCGGGGUCCAGUCUUCAACAACCGCAUGGACACCUCCUUAUUCUUUGUGAUUUAUCUCAUCAUCAUCGCUUUCUUCAUGAUGAACAUCUUCGUGGGCUUUGUGAUCGUCACCUUCCGCGAGCAGGGCGAGCAAGAGUUCAAGAACUGUGAGCUGGACAAGAACCAGCGUCAGUGUGUGCAGUAUGCUCUGAAGGCUCGUCCCCUCCGAUGCUACAUCCCGAAGAACCCUUAUCAGUACCGGGUCUGGUACCUGGUGACCUCCUGCUACUUUGAGUAUCUCAUGUUCUUACUCAUCAUACUCAACACCUGCAGUCUGGGAUUACAGCACUGCAACCAGUCAGACCACAUAACCAAACUUGCGGACACUCUGAACGUCAUCUUUACUGUGCUCUUCACCUUUGAGAUGAUCGUCAAGCUCAUUGCCUUCAAAGCAAAGGGUUACUUUGGAGACCCGUGGAACGUUUUUGAUUUCCUCAUUGUGAUCGGCAGUAUCGUGGACGUGGUCCUCAGCCAGGUUGAUGCUGCUCUGGAGUCUAGUGGUGGACUGUACUGCCUCCACGGCUGCACUGAAACAAACCCAUUGCAGGCCAUAGCUUAUGAAGAAAACGCCAGAGUAUCCAUCACCUUCUUCCGACUCUUCCGUGUGCUCCGUCUGAUAAAGCUGCUGAACCGCUCUGAGGGCAUACGGAACCUGCUGUGGACAUUUAUAAAGUCCUUCCAGGCGUUCCCUCAUGUGGCGCUCCUUAUAGUAAUGCUGUUCUUUAUCUAUGCUGUCAUCGGGAUGCAGGUGUUUGGUAAGAUAGCGCUGGUGGACGGCACAGAGAUCAACCGGAACGCCAACUUCCAGACAUUCCCACAAGCCAUUCUGAUAUUAUACCGAACGGUGACGGGAGAGGGCUGGCAGAAGCUGAUGCUGGCCUGCAUGUCCGGGAAGCUGUGUGAUCCGAGAUCGGACUACGCUCCCGGAGAGGAGUACACCUGCGGAACCAACUUCGCUGUCUUCUACUUCCUGAGUUUCAACAUGAUCUGUGGCUUUUUGAUUAUCAAUUUGUUUGUGGCUGUGAUUAUGGACAACUUUGACUAUCUCACUCGUGAUUGGUCAAUCCUUGGCCCACACCAUCUGGAUGAGUUUAAGAAGAUCUGGGCAGAGUAUGAUCCUGAGGCGACUGGGCGUAUUAAACAUCUGGAUGUUGUGACUCUGCUACGAAGGAUCCAGCCACCGCUGGGAUUUGGUAAAUUCUGUCCUCACCGCUCUGCCUGCAGGCGACUGAUUUCCAUGAACAUGCCCCUGAACAGCGACGGAACCGUCACCUUUAAUGCCACGUUGUUUGCUUUGGUCAGAACGGAUCUGAGCAUCAAAACUGAAGGAAACUUUGAACAGGCUAAUGAGGAGUUGAGGCUGAUUAUUAAGAGUAUCUGGAAACGGACCAGUAUGAAACUGCUGGACCAGGUCAUUCCCCCAAUUGGAGAGGAUGAGGUCACUGUUGGGAAGUUCUACGCCACCUUCCUGAUUCAGGAGCACUUCCGGAAGUUCAUGAAGCGACAGGAGGAGUACUACGGCUACCGGCCAACGAAGAAGAGCGCAGCAGAGAUUCAGGCUGGUCUGCGCACCAUUGAGGAAGAAGCAGCCCCCGAGCUCCACCGUGCCAUCUCAGGAGACCUGAUCGCCGAGGAUGAGAUGGAUAGAGCCCUGGAGGGAGGAGAGGAUGGCAUCUAUAGGAGAACUGGAGGACUGUUCGGUGGGCUCAACUCGGACCCCUUUUCUUCUGAGCCCAACAGUCCAACAGCAGCUCAGACCAGUAAUCGCCCCCUGCAGUUCUCAGAGAGUCGUCCGGAGGACGUGGAGUCUCCUCCCGACUCCGUCUUCCUCCCAAACACUGAGUUCUUCCCAGAAACACCCACCAGAACUAACACCAACAACAACGCCACCAACUUCACUGAGGGGUUCAGAGUUGAACGAGAAGUUGGAACUAGAGAUCAAUCCUUUGAAGAAUUAAGAGACUCCAGCAUGUUCUUAAGUGGCGCCUCAUCCUUUAGAGACUCUGAUAAUAGAAGCCAAUCAAAUUUCACCGUCAGAACAGACACUACACAGUUCCCUUACGAUCCUUCACACGGUAAAAAGAACACUCGUAAAUCUGCAGAAAGAGACUCUACAGCCACUGACAAACUCAUCCAACAGACACUAAGAGAUAGUGGUCUUGACCCUCUGGCUGAGGACCCUAAAUUUGUUUCUGUGACAAAACAAGAGAUGUCAGCAGCCAUGAAUAUCAGCCUGGAGGAAAUGGAGGGAGUCGCCAAGGGAAUCCUGAGCGAGCGAAGCAGCCAACCGGUGAGACGCAAAAGACGUCCCAUCCCUGUCCCACCCGGCGCCAAGCCCACCGAGCCGAAGAGCAGCACCACUGCAGUGUAGACCUUUACUGGAUGCGUGAGAUACGUCGACUUAUUUAAAGACUGUACUGACGAGGCUUUGUUGAUCACUGCGAAAAAACGCCCGAGUCCAAAGCCUGGUUUUGUUCUGGAAACACAAACUUACACUCAACUUACACACCAUCUCCUCUUCCUGGCUGUUCUUCAGGAAAAAUAUCUGGCAACCCAAGAUCUUUACAGGUGUCUCCUUCAAAAAGUGUAAUUAAGUUUAUUUUUUUGUAGAAAAAUAAAGCACUAAAGAGGACACUUGGCCAA